AUGGCCUGUGCUAUAGGACGGAUACUUAUAAGAACUAUAUUUCAAUUUACAAUAGUUCAUAUUUUAUACGCUGAUCCUCAACUAGAUCUUCCACAACUGCCUCAAGUAUCUUCACAGCGUAGUCCUUAUGGCUAUGGAUUUUCCAGUACACAGUCCAAUUUACCCGCGAGCCAGUUUGAUUUAAAUCGUAAUUUUCAAUACAGUACCGCUAGAGCUCCAAGUAGUGUCACUCCAGGCGUUUAUCCAGUUUCUUCUACCACCCAUCAGAUAAACCCAGACAUAAAUAACAAUGGAUAUCCCAGUUUAGAUUACGGGAACGGACGGAAUCCAAGUUCCACUCUACGUCCAUUUGAUGAUAGAAAUCGUGAUGAUAGAAUUGACAUCACGAAUGAUGCGAACUUUCGUCGGAAUGAUCCUAAUUUCGCAAGAAACGAUCCUAGCUAUGUUGGAACCAACCCGUAUAAUUUCAACGGUGAUGUGAACUCUAAUCGUAUAGACGAAAGGUUCAAUCACGCCAGCUUGCAACAAAUUAAGGAUUUUCUUCAUCAAGCUGAUGCCCAGGCUUCUAAGGAGUGUACGAACAAUGUAGCAGCUCAAUGGAAUUUUGAAACCGAUGUUAAUGAUGCAACUCAGCAUGCUGCGUUGGAAGCACAGCAGCGCUACACGUUAUUCCAGCGAGGGUUAUGGGAAGCUGCUCAGGGUUUGCCCCGAGGAACGAUUAGGGACUUUUCUACCUUCAGACAACUGAAGUUACUCUCCACCAUCGGACCUGCAGCUCUGCCACCAGAUCAAUUGGACAGGUAUAACAGAAUCAUUAACGAUAUGCUGGCUGUCUACAACUCAGCAGAGAUCUGCGCCUAUAAUGAACCCUUCAAGUGCGGACUUCAUCUCCAGCCAGACCUGCAGUUCAUCAUGUCACAUUCCAGAGACUGGGAUGAGUUACAGCACGUCUGGACAGAAUGGAGGAGGAAUACUGGAAGACGGAUUAGAGAUUUGUACGAACAGUUGGUCGAUCUCACCAAUCAAGCUGCAAGGUUGAAUAAUUUCACUGAUGCUUCUGCUUAUUGGAUGUUCCCAUACGAGACUUUCAAUAUGAGACAAGAAGUGGACGAUGUUUGGGAACAGGUUAAGCCACUCUAUGAUGUACUACACGCCUACGUCCGUCGUCGUCUUCGUGAAGCGUAUGGACCUGAAAGAAUCUCAAGAUCCGCACCUAUCCCAGCGCAUGUACUCGGUGAUAUGUGGGGACAGAGCUGGUCUGGGAUAGUUCCCUUCACUCUACCAUAUCCCGGGAAAAAACUCGUCGAUGUCACCCCCGAAAUGGUUCAACAGGGCUAUACACCCCUUACGAUUUUCCAACUGGCGGAGGAGUUCUAUGUGUCUAUGAAUAUGUCUGCGAUGCCUCCAGAUUUCUGGGCGUUAAGCGUGUUUGAACAGCCCGCUGACCGACACGUACACUGUCAGCCGUCUGCUUGGGACUUUUGUAAUGGACAUGAUUAUAGAAUAAAGAUGUGCACUCAUCCAGACCAAAAAGAUUUGAUAACCGCUCACCACGAGAUGGCACACAUAGAAUAUUUCCUGUCAUACAGAAAUCAACCGAAAGUCUUCCGUGACGGAGCCAACCCAGGUAGGUUCUGUUUAUUACUCAUAAACAUGGCAGUUAAAACUAAUAAUAAAUAA